UUUCUUUUCUUUUUUUCUUUGUUUUAUAUGACAUUGAAACAUAUUAUUGAAUCAGAUACUCUUUUGAAACGAUUAGAACAAGCUGGAUAUACGUCUUUAGAAGACUUGAAAAAUGCAAGUUUUAUACAAUUGACAAAAGAUGUUCAAUUAUCAGAAGACGAAGUAUCAAUGCUUUUAUCUAUAAUUCACAAUGAUACCAAUGAAGAAGGGACUUUGGCUACAAUACUUGCUCAGGAACAACGACAUGGUAUCACAACAUCUAGUCAGCAUCUCGAUAAAUUAUUUGCACCUACUAAUGGAAUACCAAGGUGCAGUAUUACUGAACUUAGUGGUGGUCCUGGAACUGGGAAAACGCAACUUUGUAUACAACUUGCAUGCAAUGUUCAAUUACCAUUGGAUCAGGGAGGACUUGAUGGGGAAUGCAUUUAUAUUGAUACAGAAGGUGGGUUGAUGCUGGAAAGAUUUCGACAAGUGGCCUUUAUGGAAAAAGAUCAUCAACAAGGUGAACUGAAACUCAAGCGAAUUCACCAUUUCCGUAUUUUGGAUCAUAUUCAAUUGAUUGCGCUAAUACGUCAACUUCCUGAUGUUCUUCAAGAGCUUCCAAAGGUCAAAUUACUCAUAUUGGAUUCUAUCGCUUAUCAUUUUCGAUUGAAUAUCCGUGAUAAUCGAACGCGAGCCGGUUUUGUUAAUUUUAUUGGUCAAUCUUUGAUUCAACUAGCUAAUCAAUUUGGUCUGGCGAUCGUUGUAACAAAUCAUAUCUCUAUUGAUCGAAUCACUAGUUUUGGCCGUCCUGCAUUAGGUGAACCUUGGGCACAAUGGUGUGGAAUUCGACUAUUAUUGACACGGAAUCGACAACAAAGAUAUGCAUCUAUAUACAAUAGUACCCAACCAACAUUGAAAACGGAGGUCCCUUUUAUUAUUGCGCGAACGGGCAUUGACGAUGUGGGUGAAGAAGAGAUGGCAAGGUUGCAUCAAUGGCAAGAAACAGGAUUGGAUUCUCAGCACGAAGAGAUACAACAACAAUUUAGAGAACUUGCGCCAUCGUCGCUGACGUCAACAACAACAACAACAAGGAAUGAUCAAGAUAUAUGGGAUGAACAAGAAUUCUAUGUAGAUGACAUUAUAACCGAGAUACCAAAAAUGACACCUCCGUUAGAAUUACAAGUAGAUAAUGAAGCACAAGAAAAAGAAGAAGAAGAAGAAGAAGGGACGAUGACGAUGGAAAAGGUAGAACAACGAUAUACUCUUGUACCUGAUUCACAACCUGGACAUGUAUAUAGCUCCGCAAUAGUAAAAGAUAUGAUUGAUACAUCGGAUGAACCACCAGCAUCACAAACUUUUGGACGACGCCAACCACCUUUAUUUAGUGUUCAAAACAAACGAAGACGAUAUUCAAACGAUAAUACAGCUACCAAUCAUGAUGGAUAUCAGCAAAAUGGGCAAAGUGAUGAUGACUGGGGAUCUGAAAAUGAUGAACUUUGGUUAGCAGUGGCUGGCAUGUCAUCUCCUUCCCUCUAGUGUAGAUUUUUGUAGAUGCAUUUCGUCUU